UGACAACGGGCUCGCGAGAUUUCUCCAACCAAGUCAAUUCGACAUCCCUGAACUCUCCCACGAGCCGAGGGCCCAUGGCCACCCCGUCCCUCCACCCGUCCAUUGGGCCGGGCAUCGGCUCUUCGCUGGGCUCCCCGGGCCAGCUCCACUCGCCCAUCAGCACCCUGAGCUCGCCCAUCAACGGCAUGGGACCUCCGUUCUCCGUCAUCAGCUCCCCCAUGGGCCCACACUCAAUGUCCGUCCCCUCCACCCCCAGCCUGGGAUUCGGCACCAGCAGCCCGCAGCUCAACUCGCCCAUGAACUCAGUUAGCUCAGAAGACAUUAAGCCACCCCUGGGGCUCAAUGGAGUCCUCAAAGUGCCAGCACAUCCCUCAGGAACGAUGGCCUCCUUCACCAAGCACAUAUGUGCCAUCUGCGGGGACAGAUCUUCAGGUAAACAUUACGGGGUUUACAGCUGCGAGGGCUGCAAAGGCUUCUUCAAGCGCACGGUGCGGAAAGACCUCACCUACACGUGCCGCGACAACAAGGACUGCUUGAUCGACAAGCGCCAGCGCAACCGCUGCCAGUACUGCCGCUACCAGAAGUGUCUGGCCAUGGGGAUGAAGCGAGAAGCUGUCCAGGAGGAGAGGCAGCGGGGGAAGGACCGCAACGAGAACGAGGUGGAGUCAACAAGUAGCGCCAAUGAGGACAUGCCCGUGGAAAAGAUCUUGGAAGCUGAACUCGCAGUGGAGCCAAAGACAGAGACGUACAUCGAAGCAAAUAUGGGCUUGACGCCGAGCUCGCCCAAUGACCCGGUGACGAACAUAUGCCAAGCAGCAGACAAACAGCUCUUCACCCUGGUGGAGUGGGCCAAGAGGAUCCCCCACUUCUCCGAGCUGCCCCUGGACGACCAGGUCAUCUUGCUCAGAGCAGGGUGGAACGAGCUCCUAAUCGCCUCCUUCUCGCACCGCUCCAUCGCCGUCAAAGACGGGAUCCUCUUAGCCACGGGGCUCCACGUGCACCGGAACAGCGCGCACAGCGCUGGCGUCGGGGCCAUCUUCGACAGAGUACUGACAGAACUCGUGUCAAAGAUGCGAGACAUGCAGAUGGACAAGACAGAGCUAGGCUGCCUGCGAGCCAUUGUCCUCUUCAACCCUGACUCGAAAGGUCUCUCCAACCCGGCUGAAGUGGAGGCGUUACGGGAGAAGGUGUACGCGUCGCUAGAGGCAUACUGCAAACACAAAUACCCCGACCAGCCCGGGAGGUUUGCAAAGCUCUUGCUCCGUCUCCCAGCCCUCCGGUCCAUCGGCCUGAAAUGCCUGGAGCACCUCUUCUUCUUCAAGCUAAUAGGCGACACACCAAUUGAUACCUUCUUGAUGGAAAUGCUGGAAGCGCCCCAUCAAAUGACUUAGAGAACUGCUGCUGGGUCAGUCCCUCGCCCGGCCGGGGUCUCGCAGGGACCCUUCCUCUGCUUUCCUCCGCUGCCGCCCCAGCCCAUCCCUCCCUCCUCUCCCCAGCGCUGGAGGCACCGUCUGAUCUGGGGCGACCCCCUGCCGUCCUUGCCUCCUCGUCACCUUCUCCCUUGUCUGUUUGCUGUCACUGCUGCAUCUCAAGACCUGCUCGCUGGUCCCCUGCGCUAGAUGUAGAGAAGUGGGAGCGGAGAGAGCUUGCCACCCGCCGCCCUGGCUCGCACCUCUGCCCCGGCCCCCGCCGUGCCAUGAGUUUUGGGGUGAGCCGCCGGCUGGGCUUGGCAUCACCCUGCGUGCGUGCAGGGAUGGGGACGGUCCCAGCCCUUGGGGCAGUGGGGUUUGGACAAGCCGAGGGGAGUGGUUGAACUUGCCGGAUUGCAGCUGGCUAUUUUCAGAGGAUGGAGUUUUUGAAAAAGAGAAGAAAAAAAAAAAAAAGAGAAAAAAAAAAGAAUUCUAUUUUUGGUUUGUAACUAUUAUUAGUAGUCUCGGUAGUUACUUCGCGGAGGGAGAGGCGGGCUGGAGAGGCGGCCCGGCCCGUGCCCUGCAAAUGAGUCACCCGUGGCUGCACAGAGCCUUCUCCUUUCAGUUAAAAGCAGAGGAUUUGGGAUUGAGCUGAAUCCCCCCCAAAUAACGAGGCGACUGGUGGCACAGGGAGCCCGGGCACCCUCUCACCCUCUGUGCCGAACAGCAGCACCUGAAAAAUCCCCUUUUGCCAUCCCAGAGGGCAGCCGGGCAUCGCUGCUCUUCCCGGAGAUGCCUCUGCGCUCGGUGUGGAGCUGCCCACGCGGACACGAGCCGGCUGCAGCACUUGCUUUAAGGCUGACAGGGCCUCAACAUCACCCUUCCCCAGCUCGUAGGGUCGUGCUGGGACCCCUGCCCUCAGCACCACUCCCGGCAUUCCGGCACAGCCCCCUCGCCAGGCUCGGGCCAGCCUGUCCUGCCAGACCUUAUUGCUUUAUUUCAAGGGCUGUUGGGUCAGAGCAGCAGGAGCUGACGUGAGAGCAAUAGCUCCUUGUUUUUUUUGGUCCUGACCUGCUUUAGGGAGGUUGGAGGAGUAUUUCCAGCUGAUGGAGUGGGCUCACCAAAACACCCACUCUGUGGCCGCGUUGUGGGGAUGUGGCAGCCCUGGGUACCGGCAGGCGUUUCCCCGGGGCCAGCAGCACCCUCGCCCUCGCCUCACACGGGGGUUUCGGCUCGCCCAGGCAGCUGCUCCUGUUGAUUCAGCAGCUGCUGUGCAAAACAUUGUAAAGCAACAAUUAGUGGGAGUGCUUGGCCAGGCUGGUAAUUGUGGCUGUUAAUUAGUGGUGGAACAAGAACAAGGCUCCCCCUCCCCUCGAUCUCCCUGGUCGGGCAGGGAUGUGGGGGCUGAGAGGUCCUGGCUGGGUGGGCAUCGUCCCCAUCCAGGAUGCCAAAAGCACUUUGGCUUUUGCACGGUCCUCUCCUUGACUCUUGGUGUGACAGCAGGGAGAUGGGCAGGUUUUUCGGGAUUAGGGAAUGUGCCCACACCCCACAGGAUGGGACUCCCCGGGAGCGCCUGGGGAGAGGAGAUCAGCCAGGGAGUCCUUCCCCUUCACCUCCCCAUUUCACCCUCAUCAGAUGUCUCCAGAACCCCACUGAAAAAAAUGAGUUAGAGAAAAGAAAAAAAAAAAAAGGCAGAGCAGGCGGCGAGGGAUGUUAGGGAGAGUUUUUUCCCUCCUUGGCAGGACGGACUGUCCCAAACACACCGUGGGACGGGCACUUGGAGCCAAGAACGAGGUGCCUGCCUGCGGUUGGCCUGGGGCCAAGGGCUUCCCCACUGAUUUCGUGUCUUCUGUGCUGUAAAAUGGCAAAGUAUUAGGUCCCAAACGUGUUUCUCGCUCCCCGUGGGUUGUAGCUGGCUCCUCAAACAUCUCCUUUGUGCCUGGAGGGGAUGGAUCAGUGCCCACCAGCUCCCACCUCUGUUUUUGAGGGGCACGGUUGUCACCGGCCUGUCAUCAUCCCGCCUGGCAGCUCAAGUCCCCAUCCCCUGCAGUUAACCAGGCCAUCUCAUUGCUAAAUAAAUACUCAAGAUUUCAGGUCAUAACUUUCCCUUAGGCUGGCCUGAAGUGGCAAAUCCAGAGAGGCAGGGAAAGUGUUUUGGCUGUGUUUCUCCAGCAGCCUGCACGCCGCCGAAAAUAUUAUUAAACAGCUUCACCCUGCAAGAAUUUGCCAAGAAAACUAGGCAAGAGAAAUGAAAUAUGUAAAGGGUGCCAGUAAACACGAGCAGGCUGUUCCUUGCCAGCGUAAGGCUGGCGCAGCCCCGCAGGGGGCUUGCAGGGAGGGGGUAGCUCCCAGCCAGCCGGCACGGAGCUCAGCCUGGAGCCAAACCAGCCCCCGGCCGCCGGCAGCCCCCAGCCCAGCUCUGGCUGGCAGAAAGGAGCCUGGAGCUCGCUUGCCGGAGAGGAUGAGGGUGUUUUGUGAAGGAGUUGGUGGAUGUUGCACUAGAAUAAACCCACUGUCCUUCUCCGUUGGGUGGAACCACUUUUUUCCUGAUUGGUAGCUUGGAAGGGGCUGUUUGGUGCUGGGUGCUGAGCUGUGGGGCUUUGCAAGGCUGUGCGCAGUGCCGAGCUGCAGAGCGGGAGCUAUCCCAUCCCAUCCCAUCCCAUCCCAUCCCAUCC